GCCGGGACACGUAGUGCAGCCGGCCGCCGGUUCGGCCGCUCCUCCGCGCGGCGAUUGGACAGGCCCGGUCUGUGCUCGCAGCGGCCCGCGGUCGUAUCGGCCCGCACGGCGCCCGGCGCAAUCACAGCGCUCGCGACGGCUUCGGAGCAGCGCGGUAAGAAUAAAUAAAGAAGAAAGAUGAUAUUGGAAGCGGUUGUGCUGCUAGGCUGCACUCUGGGAAUCAGCACGUUCCCCCUGGAAGAACCUGAAGAUGGAGGCAAGCACUGGGUGGUGAUUGUUGCAGGUUCCAAUGGCUGGUACAACUACCGCCACCAGGCAGAUGUAUGCCACGCAUACCAGAUCGUACACCGAAAUGGAAUUCCAGAUGAACAGAUAAUUGUCAUGAUGUAUGAUGACAUUGCUGAUAAUGACGAAAAUCCAACAAAAGGCAUUGUCAUCAAUAGACCUAAUGGAACAGAUGUGUACGCUGGAGUGCCCAAGGACUAUACAAAAGAGGAUGUUACUCCAAAGAAUUUCCUUGCUGUUCUCAGAGGGGAUGCAGAAGCAGUAAAGGGGGUGGGAUCAGGAAAAGUAUUGAAAAGUGGUCCCAAAGAUCAUGUAUUUGUUUAUUUCACUGACCAUGGAGCUCCAGGGCUUCUAGCUUUUCCUGAUGAUGAUCUUCACGUGAAGGACUUAAACAAGACCAUUUGGUACAUGUAUCAUCACAAAAAGUACCAAAAGAUGGUGUUCUACAUUGAAGCAUGUGAAUCUGGAUCUAUGAUGAAUCAUUUGGCUGAUAAUAUCAAUGUUUACGCAACAACUGCUGCCAACCCCAGGGAGUCAUCUUAUGCCUGUUACUAUGAUGAUGAAAGGCAGACUUAUCUUGGUGACUGGUACAGUGUGAAUUGGAUGGAAGAUUCAGAUAUGGAGGAUCUGAGAAAAGAAACACUGCACAAGCAGUUUCAGCUGGUGAAGAAGCGCACCAACACCAGCCAUGUCAUGCAGUAUGGAAACAAAAGCAUCUCCUCUAUGAAAGUGAUGCAGUUUCAGGGUACAGGGAAGAAAGCUGUCCCCAUUUCUCUGCCACCUGUAGAACACCACGACCUGACUCCUAGUCCUGACGUCCCUCUUGCUAUCAUGAAACGAAAGCUGAUGGCUACCAAUGAUAUGCAUGAGGCUAAGAAGAUUGCUGCAGAGAUGAAGGCACACCUGGAGGCUAAAGAAUAUAUCCAGGAAUCCAUGCGGAAGAUCAUCACCUUAAUAACAGGAUCAACAGAACUGACUAACCAGAUCCUGUCAGACAGGCUGACCAUCAGCAACUACGACUGCUAUCAGGCAGCAGUGAACCACUUCAAAACUCAUUGCUUCAACUGGCACACUCCCUUGUAUGAGUAUGCACUGAGACAACUGUAUGCCUUGGUCAAUGUCUGUGAAGGAGGAUACUCCAUUGACAGAAUAUUCUUGGCUAUGGAUCAAGUGUGCCGUGGGUAUUGAUGGAAACAGUAGUGUAAUGUAACCCUUACUGCAAGUGAUAAUUUUUCUUAACUGAAAUAAUCAGACUUUCUGUGCAUGCAACAUGAAGAGUCAACCACUGUGCUGAAGCUGUGCUAGAAGCUGCGGGACCUGCCCAGCAGUCUUACAUCACUUGCCAGCACUGUCCCCCCAUUCCCACCUGCCAACAGCCCAAUGGUUUGACAGAACCAUUUUAUCAGACCACAUGGAGCUUUCAAGAUGGGAAUCUCUGGGUGAACACUACAUAGCAUCAACAGUGAUUCUGAAUCUGUGCUAAAUUUAAAUAUUGACUCAGAUUCUGGAGAAGAAAAGUUAUAGCAUUGCUAACCAUUACCUUUUUUUUCUUUUUUUUUUUUAAUGAUAAUGAAUGCUAUUACAGUGACUAACUUGCAGAUUGAUUGAAGAGUGAAGAAACCAAAGUUUGUUUUUUAAGCUUUAACUCCUUAACAGUUUAAAGAAGCAAAUUGUGUUCAAGAACUAUCAGAUGUUAACAGCACAGUUCAAAUGUGAACAAUAAAAAACCUUUUUGGGUAGAAAACACUGUUUUCCAAAGAAAAAACACACGUAUCUAAUGCUGUAAAUUUAGCACCAGUAUGCUAUAAUUAAAACGUGUGUACACACAAAUGUGUGGGAAGUCACAGAGUUCAGGAAUUGUCUGUGAAUAAAGUUGAUAAUUUCAUCAACCUA